UGUUAGUCCUCCAGAGAUGACUAACACCACCUGCAACAUCACCCACUACAGGUACCCUCUCUUCACGGCCACCUACAGUGGCGUGUUGGCCCUGGGUCUUCCCCUCAACACCCUCUCCCUGGGGCUCCUGUUAUGCCGCUUGGGGCUCCGCUCAAUGCCUGUGAUCUACAUGGCCAACCUGGCCCUCUCAGACCUCCUCUUCACCCUCUCCAUGCCCCUCCGGAUCCUGUACUACGCCAGGGGCCACUGGCCCUACGGACACCUGGCCUGCAUGGUCUCUGGGACUCUGUUUUCCAUCAACCUCUACUCCAGCUCCUACUUCAUCAUGUUAAUUAGCGUGGACCGGUUCUUGGCUGUGGUCUAUCCGCUGCGCUCACGCCCGUUGAGGACGCCAGGCAUGGCCUGGACAGCAUGUGCGGCCGUAUGGGUGGUGAUUGGUGCCAUGGCGGUGCCCGUGGCACUGAAUCACCGUGCCAACUAUCACCAGAUGUGCGUUGUGUGGCGUUGUUUUGAGGGCUACACUCAGGAAGAGUGGCGCUUUGGGCUUUAUAUCUUCUACGUGGCUGCUGUCCUGGGGAAUGUAGUGCCGUUUGCCGUCAUCGUAGGGUGUACAGUGGCGGGGGUGCGAAAGCUGAGAGUACAGAAGGCCACCUCUUCCUCAUCUUUCUCCUCUUCCUCUGUGGAUAAGAGCCGGAUGGUGUGGCUGCUUGUGACCAACCUUUCGAUCUACACAGUGUGUUUCAUCCCCUUUCAUGUUGCCAUGGUCUUAUAUGGGCUCCACAAGCUACACUACCUGCAAUCCCAGUUCCCCUUCUUUGGCUUCCAUAUUGGGACUAUCUGCUUGGCUAGUGUGAACAGCUGCCUGGAUCCUCUCAUCUACUACUUCAGCUCCAAGAUCCUCAAGAGAGGGAGAGGGACUACAGGAACCACAGAGGCUAAUGUAACGGUUCUGCCUAAUUCUGCCUUGUGGUGGAGGACUGGCAUUAGUAGAGGUGAGAAUGCUAGAGAUGGUCUUGAACAAGUUAAUGGUGGACGUUAAGUUGUUCUUACACAUUCUGUACUCUAUUUGUGUAUGCGAAUGAGACACAGGAAGCUGCUGACGGGAGAACAGCUUUAUAAUAGUUGCUGGAACAGAG